CAGACACAAAUGUUACUGGUUUACCUCUCAGACUCCAGAAGAUGAAGAAAGAGGAGGAAGAGGAGGACGGAGCAGAGUCUGUAAUAUCCAGCUGUCUGUCUAUGAAGAGUGACCGGUCUAAAGAUUUUCCUCCACUCUUCAGUAAUGAACCUGGACCCUCAGACACAAAUGUUACUGGUUUACCUCUCAGACUCCAGAAGAUGAAGAAAGAGGAGGAAGAGGAGGAAGAGGAGGACGGAGCAGAGUCUGUAAUAUCCAGCUGUCUGUCUAUGAAGAGUGACCGGUCUAAAGAUCCUCUUCUAGUCUUCAGUAAUGAACCUGGACCCUCAGACACAAAAGAGAGGAAGAGGAGUGGUGUUUCUGUGGAGGAGCAGCUGUCCUACUCCUUCUGUCCCAAGUGUAGAAAAAGAACCAGAACCAGACCUGGACUGCAGACAGACAGUCAGACCAGCACUGUACAAACAGAAAGUGGUCUGCAGGAGGUUUUAGAUGAACAUCAGAUCAGUCUGAGCAGCACAUGUGAAUGUGUGACUCAAGGAACUGAUGAAGCAGGAAGUGAAAUCCUCCUCAACAGCAUCUUCACUGAGGUCUACAUCACAGAGGGACAGAGUGAAGAGGUUAAUACCCAACAUGAGGUGAGGCAGCUUGAAACAGCUUCCAAGAUGAAGACCCUCCAAGACGCUCCAAUCAAGUGUCAGGACAUCUUUAAAGUCUUACCUGACCAACAGUACAUCUGUGAAGUGUUACACAGAGUCAGAGUGGUUCUGAUGAACGGCGUCGCUGGCGUUGGAAAAACCUUCUCAGUGCUGAAGUUCACUCUGGACUGGGCACAGCGCUCCAACAACCAAGAUAUCAGUCUGCUGAUUCUGUUCUCGUUCAGGUCGCUGAACUUGAUCAAAGAUGAGCAGUACAGUCUGCUCAUGCUGAUCCGUGUUUUCUAUCCAACAUUACAGAAGCUCACAGCAGAGAAGCUCGCUGUCUGUAAAGUUUUGUUCAUCUUUGACGGCCUGGAUGAAAGCAGACUUUCACUGGAUUUCAACAACAGUGAGGUCGUGUCUGAUGUCACACAGAAGUCAUCAGUCAGCGUGCUGUUGACAAACCUCAUCAAGGGGAAGCUGCUUCCCUCGGCUCUCGUCUGGAUCACUUCCCGACCUGCAGCAGCCAAUCAGAUCCCUCCUUCAUGUGUGGACAGGGUAACAGAAGUACGAGGCUUCACUGACACCCAGAAGGAGGAGUACUUCAGGAGGAGAUUCGGUGAUGAAGAGCAGUCCAGCACAAUCAUCUCACACAUCAAGACAUCCAGGAGCCUCCACAUCAUGUGUCACAUCCCAGUCUUCUGCUGGAUCACUGCUACAGUUCUGGACCACAUGUUGACUACAGACCAGAGAGGAGAGCUGCCCAAGACCCUGACUGACAUGUACUCACACUUCCUGCUGGUUCAGACAAAGAGGAAGAAGAACAAGUAUGAUGAGGGACAUGAGACGAGUCCACAGGAGCUGACGGAGGCUGACAGGAACCUUCUUCUGAAGCUGGGGAGGCUGGCGUUUGAACAACUGGAGAAAGGAAACAUCAUGUUCUACCAAGAAGACCUGGAGCAGUGUGGUCUUGAUGUCACAGAGGCCUCGGUGUUAUCAGGAGUUUGUACACAGAUCUUCAAAAGAGAGAGUGUGAUCUUCCAGAAAACAGUCUACAGCUUUGUUCAUCUGAGCGUUCAGGAGUGUCUGGCUGCAGUCUACAUGUACCACUGUUACACCAACAGGAAGACAAAGGUACUGGAGGACUUCCUGGGAGAAGACUACAGUUCCUCAUCUCUGGAUGUCUUCCUGAUGGGAGCCAUGCAGAUAUCUCUCUGGAGUGAAAACGGCCACCUGGACCUGUUUGUCCGCUUCCUUCAUGGCCUCUCUCUGGAGUCCAACCAGAGUCUCUUAGGAGGCCUGCUGGGUCAGACAGACAACAGUCCAAAACUCAUCCAGAGAGUCAUCAACAACCUGAAGAAGAUGAACAGUAAGGAUAUCUCUCCUGACAGAAGCAUCAACAUCUUCCACUGUCUGAUGGAGAUGAACGACCGCUCAGUACAUCAGGAGAUCCAAGAGUUCCUGAAGUCAGAGAACAGAUCAGAGAAGAAACUCUCUGUGAUCCACUGCUCAGCUCUGGCCUACAUGCUGCAGAUGUCAGAGGAGGUUCUGGAUGAGUUGGACCUGGAGAAGUACAAAACAACAGAUGAGGGACGAUGGAGACUGAUCCCAGCUGUGAGGAACUGCAGAAAGGCUGUACUUGUUCACUGUAAACUCUCAGAGUCUCACUGUGAAGUUGUGGCCUCAGCUCUGAAGUCCAACUCCUCCCAUCUCACAGACCUGGACCUGAGUUACAACAAGCUGAAGGAUUCAGCAGUGAAGCGUCUGUCUGCUGGACUGGAGAGUCCAAACUGUAGACUGGAGACUCUGAUAUUGGUUAACUGCAGGUUGUCAGAGAUCAGCUGUGCUUCUCUGGUCUCAGCUCUGAAGUCCAACUCCUCCCAUCUCAGAGAACUAAAUCUGAGCUUCAACAAGCUGCAGGAUUCAGGAGUGAAGCGUCUGUCUGCUGGACUGGAGAGAUCAAACUGUAGACUGGAGACUCUGAGAUUGAGGUUUUGCAGGUUGACAAAGAUCAGCUGUGAUUCUCUGGUCUCAGCUCUGAAGUCCAACUCCUCCCAUCUCAGAGAGCUGGAUCUGGGGGACAACAACCUGCAGGAUUCAGACAUGAAGCAGCUGAUUGAUCUUCAGCAGAGUCCAGACUGCAGACUGGAGACUCUGAGCUGGGAGUCAUGGUCUCUGCCAGAGUGAGAGUGAACAUCCAGGAGUGUUGAGAGAGGAUCAGCUGGAUCCUGAUGAUCCAUUUGGAGUCUGGAUCUGGAUUUUGUCGUCUUCACUUAAGUCUCUUAACUGACUACAAACUGAACAGUUAUCUCUGGAUUUAGCUGAAGUCAGCACUUUACAGAUGUGUUGUACAUGAGCAGUUUGAUGCAGAUAAAGAUAAAAACAGGUGUUAUAAGUCAGACUGUGAGCCUGGGCUCAUAUUUAUCAAGUGUCUCAGAAUCACACUGAGAGUUAACUCCAUUUCUAUCAUCACUUCACUGCUUACCUGUUUGUUUAGAUUCACAUUUCCACCUGAGUUCAUAUUUAUUCAUCAGUCAUUUAUUAUUGGAAUAAUUCUCAUAUAUGUUGAAUUGUUAGUUUCUGUCUUUGUGUAUAAAUGACUCAUAUUUGAUUGAGUCUGUGUUUCAGAAAGCAGGUUUAGUGAAAACAGUUGAAGGAAACUCACAAAACCAGUUCAGUUUAACUCUGACUCAGUUACCAUGGCAACAUACUCCAUGAAGCUAACCUGAGUUUCUCCUCUAGCUAAAGCCUGCAGACUGAAGGAGCUGUCAGACAGGCUGUGUCCUUAUAUUGAAGCAUAAAUACUCCAUCAGAGGAUCAGAGCCCGCUGGCAUUUUAUUAAUCUCUGAUGAUUUUCUGUUUGAGUGUUUCCGUUUUUCUGUACAAUCGAUCAUUUAUCUGAACAAUAUUCUCAGCCUUCGUAUCGUUCAUACGACACAUCGUGAACAUGUUCUCAGUUCAGAACAAAUUCUUUGUGUUGCACUUCAUGUUUUUCACUGUGUGUUUUCUGAAUCCUGAAAAACUUUGUAACCAGCAGGAUAAAAAAUAUUCCCAAUAAAAAAAGU